AUGGAGCUCCAUUACCUUGCUAAGAAGAGCAGCCAGACAGACCUGUGCAAUGCUUUGGACUGGAGUUCAGGAGGGCCUCCUGGUGACCAGGCAGACGAAUCAUCGACCAGAACUGCUCUCUGCUGCAAGAGACACUGUACGUCCACACCAAGAGUAGCCGGGAUGGAAGGUUCUAGACUUAGCCCUUCUCCAGCAUCCCCUUCCUCUCUGCAAGAAAGUGCUGUUCAGCCAGACUCCUUCCCACCAGGACCUCUUAACUCAGGGAACAGCCAAAUAGCAGAAAGGAAAGUUUGCAACUGCUGCAGCCAGGAAUUAGAAACUUCUUUUACCUGCGUGGAUGAGAAUGUCAACUUGGAGCAACGGAACCGGAGCUCCCCUUCAGCAAAAGGAAGUAAUCACCCCAGAGACUUUGGCUGGGGAAAUCCAAAUGAGUGGUCCCAUGAGGCUGCCAUAUCCUUGAUAUCGGAAGAUGAAGAUGAUACAAGUUCAGAAGCCACAUCUUCAGGGAAGUCAGUAGACUAUGGCUUCAUCAGCGCCAUCUUGUUCUUGGUCACUGGCAUCUUGCUGGUGAUCAUCUCUUACAUUGUCCCACGGGAGGUGACUGUGGAUCCCAACACAGUGGCAGCCCGGGAGAUGGAACGCCUGGAGAAGGAGAGUGCAAGGCUGGGGGCUCACCUGGACCGCUGUGUGAUUGCUGGGCUCUGCCUCCUCACACUAGGGGGCGUUGUUCUGUCCUGUUUGCUAAUGAUGUCUAUGUGGAAGGGGGAGCUCUAUCGGCGAAACAGAUUUGCCUCUUCCAAAGAGUCUGCAAAGCUCUAUGGUUCUUUCAACUUCAGGAUGAAAACCACCACUAAUGAAAACACCCUGGAACUAUCCUUGGUGGAGGAAGAUGCUCUUGCUGUACAGACUUAA